UCUGAUAUCAAGCCAAGAAAAAAAAAGAGAUAAAUAUUAGAUUUAAAUUCAGGUUACACCGGAUGUUCUCAAUAAUAUGAGCACUUUAAAUAGUUUAUUUUUUGUAAGAAACACCCAGUUUAGUCGAGCCUAAAAAAAUCCUUAAAUAAAUCUACAAAAAAAAGGAAAAUACGUAUAUUUAACUAGGAUAGAAUAACCAACUAUCUGAGCUCUGUUCUAUAAACAUUUUUUGUUCUCCGACUAAAAAAAUAAGUAAGAAAAAAAAAGAGAAAAAACUUAACAAAAAAACAAUAUUUCAAAGCUUGGCAACAAUUUAAAAUUACAGAAUAGAUAGAUUUUGUGUCCAUUUGCUUGCUGGUAGUAGUGCUGUGUUGUAAUAACAUAAAUGUCAAAGAUAGUUUUUGCUAAACUUGGGAAAAAACAGGACAUAUUUACAUUGAUGCCUGGCGCCUCUCAAUCCUGUCGAGCCAAAAGUGUCUUGCUAGGAAAGUCUCAAGAACGCCAAAGCUGUUUAUCGAAUUUAACAGGCAGGAUGCCGAAUAUAAAAGUGUUUUCGGGCAGCAGCCAUCCAGACUUGACCCAGAGAAUCGUGGAUCGGCUGGGGAUUGAUAUUGGCAAAGUGGUCACCAAGAAAUUCUCCAAUUUGGAAACAUGUGUGGAGAUUGGAGAGUCUGUAAGGGGAGAGGAUGUUUACAUCAUACAAUCCGGAUCAGGAGAAGUAAACGACAACCUGAUGGAGCUUCUUAUUAUGAUCAAUGCUUGCAAAAUAGCCUCUGCUAGUCGCGUUACGGCUGUUAUACCCUGUUUUCCUUACGCCAGGCAGGACAAAAAAGACAAGAAUAUGGAAAGCGACAAGGAGAAGCACAUUGAAAAAUGGAAGUCGAUUGAAUGGAAAUUUAGGAGUAGGGCACCAAUCUCUGCAAAAUUGGUUGCCAACAUGCUGUCAGUAGCUGGGGCAGAUCACAUCAUCACGAUGGACCUUCACGCCUCCCAAAUUCAGGGAUUUUUCGACAUACCUGUCGAUAAUUUAUAUGCAGAACCAGCAGUUUUAAAAUGGAUAAAAGAAAAUAUCGCAGAAUGGAGAAACAGUAUAAUCGUGUCUCCCGACGCUGGUGGUGCCAAAAGAGUGACAUCUAUCGCUGACAGAUUGAACGUCGAAUUCGCCUUGAUUCACAAGGAAAGGAAAAAGGCUAACGAGGUGGCUUCGAUGGUGCUGGUGGGUGACGUGAAGGACCGGGUAGCCAUUUUGGUGGACGAUAUGGCCGACACGUGCGGUACGAUAUGCCACGCGGCGGAAAAAUUGAUGGAAGCCGGUGCCACGAAAGUCUACGCCAUUUUGACGCACGGCAUUUUUUCCGGACCGGCCAUCAGCAGGAUAAACAACGCCUGUUUCGAAGCUGUGGUCGUAACCAAUACCAUUCCUCAAGACGAGCACAUGAAACAGUGCUCAAAAGUUCAAUGUAUAGAUGUGUCAAUGAUGUUUGCCGAGGCUGUGAGACGUACACACAAUGGAGAAAGUGUGUCAUACCUGUUUUCGAAUGUUCCAUAUUAGUUUCUUUGUUGUUAAACCUAUUUUAGAUCCAUAAGACAUUAAAAAUAGUUGUUUUUUUUACUAUAUACAUAGUAUACACUUUUUUGCAAUUUGUUAUACCAUAGGCUAUUCAUCUUUACUAAACCAUUUAUAUUUCGGUAGAAAAUCAUCUUUGUUUUGACUUAUUUUAUAUCUUGUUCAGAUUUAAUCAAAAAGAUAUUAAGAUUAUAUAUUUUUAUAUUGGCGUUUAUAAUUUUUUUUUUCAUAGUUUUUGAAUGAUAUGAUUUCUUAAUAAGGAAUAUAAUAAUUACUUUAUGAAAGUCCAUUUAUAUCUUAAGGUCUAUAUUAUGAUCGUGAAAGAAUAUAAAAUAAAAUCAGUUUUUGUAAC